ACUUUUUUCAGUAAAUUUCAUUUCGAGGUACAAACAAUAAAAUCCACGAUAGUCCUUCAGAUUUUGAAACGGCCACUUUGACUUGCAUUUCUCAGUCUUAAUAAAAUAUCUAUCAAAUUACAGAAAUAGUGUGUUACUUCUCACCAACAUGGCGUAUUUUCUGCUUCCUGUGACCAUGGCGAUACUUUAUAUCGCACAAACAUGUAAUGCUGACAUGCUAACGGGACAAGGAAAUAAUCUGUUUGGGCACAAGUGUUCUUAUUUCUGGAGAUUCGCUAAUACCACAAUAAAGACUAAUUACCUUAUGCAAUACGUACAGAUGGAUGGAAAUAUUUGCAAUGCAAUGCAGUUCAACUAUAUAAGUCGACAUGGAGCUAGGAUGCCUGAAACCGAUGACUAUGCCAGCUUUGGUCAGCUGAAAACGAAAAUAAUUGAACAUUCGUCUAAUCUUCUGCGCUACCCAUUCAUUCAAAGGUGGCAAAAUUAUCGCCAAAGUACGCAUGCCCAUGUUGAAGAUCUAGGUCGGUGGGAAUUGCAUUUUCUAGGUAAUUUUUUUGGAAGUGGUCUUUACAAUUUGUUCCAUGGAAAUAUCUCGCCUGCAACUAUGAAGCUGACGGCGACAGAAAGGCAAAGAACACAAACAAGCUCUAUAGAAUUUUAUAAAGCUUUGUCCAAACGUGUAACUGGAAAAGCACUGAACGACAUACAUCCAGUUGUAAACAAUACAAUGUUACGAUAUUGGGACAACUGUCCGAACUACGACUUAACUAUCCUGAAGAACAGAACACAGAUGCAACAACAGUAUGCCUUUCAGAACUCUUCUUAUUUCCAAAAUGUUAUAAAAUCUGUGACAAGAAAACUUGGAAUGAACGUAUCCUUAACGCCUGAUGAUAUUAAAGCAAUGUUUAUGAUUUGUGCAACUGAUCUUGCUGUUCGGAACAAUACAGACUGGUGCAGUUUACAGACGGAAACAGAAAGGGAGAUAAUCAACUAUGAAGGUGAUUUAGAGGACUAUUAUUCAUUAUUAUAUGGUCAUUCAUUGAUAAGAGAAAUGACGUGCCCACUUUGGCAGGACUUAUUUUCAUCCAUGGAUGAUGCCAUUAGCAAGCAUAAAUCCGGAGAACCGUAUGUUCUUGGAAACUUCCGAUUUGGACAUUCUGACACCAUUGACACGUUUUAUUCAGCUCUCGGACUUUAUCGGGAUAGCCAACCACUUCGUGCAGAUAACUUUGACACAAUGAAAAAUCGCAAGUUUUAUGAAAGCAAAGUUACGCCGUUUUCUGCUAAUAUCGCCUUUAUCCUUUAUAAUUGUGGAGGUUCUGGUGCAGAAAAUUAUCUCUUGAAAAUGAUGGUAAAUAAUCAGCCUGUAACAAUACCCGGAUGUGACAGUGACUUCUGUCCUUACCUUAAGGUCAGAGGUAUAUAUAGAAGUUACAUUGAAAACUGUAAGUGGCGAGAAUUGUGUAGCGUUAAAACAAUUUCACAAAUUGUUGGAUGAUCAAAUUCAGUGUUUAUAUUUGAAUAUUUUUUUACUAUUUCUAAUAAACUUUCUUUUAUGUA